AUGGCGAGUCAAAAAGCCCUCGCGGGAGAUGGCUCUCCGACUUUCCCUUCUUCUUCAUCACAGCGCACUCUUUGCAACGACCUUCCAGAAGACUUAAUCGAAUACCAUCGACGUUACUCAAAGGUAAAGGCAAAGGACAUCAUUCCCGCUGUUUCAUCCUUCAGCUUGGAUCCUGCUUGCUACGAAGCCAACCAAGGUCGACUCCAACAGCUUUUUCGAAAGUUCGACUUCUACCCCGUUGCCGGUAAAAUCGUCAUCUGGAUGUCUUCAUUGAGGCACAGCCAGUUUGCUAGGCGCGUCGAAGGAAACAUAGAGAGGCGGCUUGAGGUCUUCUACGACGCCUUGCCCGGUCGCUUCACCGCUCAGGGUGAUAGUAACCUGAAGUUAAAGGACGAGUCUGAACUCCAACCCGACGGGUCAUUUUGGUACUGCGGUGACGACGGCUAUGGCAAUUGGCCAAGCCUCGUAAUCGAAGUUGCCAAUUCUCAAAGCUCUGAAAGCCUGAUUAGCAAGGCCAAGAAGUUGCUCACCAUGACCCGCGGUCACGUCAAGACUGUCGUAUGCUUUAACAUUCAGUACGACAAGAGGCCUUCUCAAGCCUCCACCGUGUCUGUCUAG